UCAUUCCUCCCUGAGCUGGCUGGGGAGACACGCUGAUUUUUCUGCUUUUCCGCCUGCUGGCUCUGCUCCAGCAUCCCUCCGUGCCUCUCGUGUACUAUCCUCCCCCCUCCAGCCUAUGUCUCCCUCUGUGGGUUUUGACAGCCAGCCUGCUUCCCUGGCUGCUGCUGCUGCUGGAGCAGUGGAGCUGUUUGACACCACACUGCUUACGCCGCUCCGCCUUGCUUCUCCUAUCUGCCUCACACUCUCCUCUGCUUGAUAAUCACCACUGAAUCUGAAAGAGACCGUGACAGAGGACUCGGGAAGCAAAAGGGAAGGAGGGAGGGAGAUAAGAGAGCCUUGACUGCUGCAUUCUUCUUCAGUUUUCCAUUUCUGGCCUGCUGGAGUGCAGCACAGGAAAACAACUGCUCAGGGGGGAAAAACUCCCUGAAGGAAUUUAUUCCCUUCUCAUAAGCGUCCUCCCUCGCUGGGACAGAGGAGGAGAGAAGAGGGGAGGGACUGAGAGCAGGACUUCAGCUCAGGGUCCCACCCUGCUCAUAGGACAAACACACGCACAAACACAUUUGGAUAGAUUGGACACAGUGCAGUCAGACAGGGACAGAUUGACACAUUUAGACAGACAGACAGACAGACAGGUGGUGUCAUGGCGUCAGUGGACAGCACCGGUUCGAGGGUCUCUGGUCGGCUGAGAUCAGGGGAUAUACUUCACACUGGGCUGGUAGUUGCACUCCUGCUGGGUGUGUGGAGUGUCGGUGGCCUGGAGGUGUCAACAGGUAAAGUGUCUCACCUUUUCGCGAUUAACGGCUCCACGGUGCUGCUGCCCUGCACGUACGCCUCCUGCAUCGGCAUCAAAAACCUCUACUUCAACUGGCACUACAACGACAAUGGAAGCAUGAUCAAGUUGUGUGAAGCGGUGAUCCCCAUCGAGGGUGUAGAGCCCAAGGUCAGUGUGUACCACGAGCGUGUGGAGUUUGUGGGCACCUCGAAGGGCAACAACAUCUCCAUCCUGCUGUGGAACAUCACCUACGAAGACGAUGGAGAGUACAUCUGUUUCGCCAGGAACGAGAAGGAGAAGAACCGCAACCACAGCGCCAGCUACAUGCUCUACGUGGUGGACCAAAUGAAGGAGAUUGACACGACGUUGACCACCAUCAUUGUCUCAGUGGUGGGGGGAGUCAUUGGCCUGUCUAUCCUUGGCAUGGUAAUCAAGGCCUUGGUGAUUAACUUCCUGCUGAAGGAUGAUGAGAAGAACAAAGAGUGUCUGGUGAGCUCAGGGAAUGACAACACAGAAAAUGGACAUUCAGGAGCCAAAGCAGACAACAAAGGGACACCAAAGGCAUGAGCAAAAUGCAAAGUAUGUCUGUAUGUUUGUAUAUAUGUUAGACAAAUGUACACGCUCAGAGAAAAUGCUGUUCAGUGGACUGUUUUAUCUUACUAGCGGCUAACAUGUAAAUGUCUAUUUUAAAUCAUGCUUGAGAUUUGGGGAGGGGGGAAUGUGCAAAACCCUAAAUCCUUCUCUCACCUUCACGAAAGCCCGUUCGUUACAUAGUGUGCAGCCUAAGUGAUCAACAUAUGCUCUAUUAUCUGACACUUUUUCUACAGUAGAGCCUUAAGUGGCCUCCAACAGAGUGGUGCAGGAAUGAGUCCUUAUGAGUCGGUAUUUUAGCUUAUCAGGGAUCCCUUGUCUUGGAGGGUCAGUUGUUCUUUGAAUGAGUUUUUGGUUAGAUUCCUGAAAUAAGGUCUGUGUGGUUAACACAAGCUUAUGAGCGGUUUUGUUUAAAGACAUCAAAUAAGUCAGCAAACACACAACUUGCAAAAAAAGUCAUCACGCCGAACAUUAGCCGCAUUUGGCAUAGUUGUAAAAAAGUAUGAAUUAUUUCAACUUUGGCCUAGUUUGCAGCUGCAACCAAUCAGAUAACAGCUCUAUGUAACGCUAGCAGGCGAGGUAACCAUAGAAAUUAACUUAACUAGCGGUUUUCUACCAAAGACUCUGCGCCCUACCCUGCAGUGAGCAAAGAACUAAGAGCGCAUCAUGUGAAGGCAGCUUUAGAAAUGGAGAUUAUCCCACUGAAGAAUAUUUGUACGUAUCAUAAAUGUUUGCCUCAAAGCUUAUUUUGUGCAUAUUUUCAAAGUCUAUUUUAAACAUCCCAUUGGCUUUUAGUCGAGGGUGCCCUUGUGAAGCUAACUUACAGUUCAGACUACAACAAUUAGUCAUCACUGCACCACUCUGUUCACCCUUUUACAACAUGUAUUGAGGAACGACUUUGAAAAUCCUCAGAUGUAGUUUUAAUUGCAUAUUCCAAAUUUCAAUAAUCAACUGCCAACAGUUUUGUUAGAUUCUUCCAUUUAGAGUCAAACUUGGACCCAAACAAACACACUUUGAUGACACAAGGAAAUGCCACAAACUAUGAACUGCCAUGAUGUCGACCGACCGAAGAACAGCACAGAAUACAGAAUACAUAAACCAGAGGACCACUCAGCCAGAGUUUUGAUAAUGAAGGUUAUAGCCAACAUUUUUCUGGUUUUAAUCAAAUAACAUUUACAUUUAAGUACAAAUAAUGUGCUACUAAUCAAACACUGUUUACAUUUGUUUGUUUGCUAGUAGUUUUUUUUUAAAGGAUCUUUUGACAUUGUAGUCCUAAACUCAUAAUUACUGCCAAUGCAAGGUUCAACUUUACCUUGCAUGUUUACAGCUGGGUCCAGGUUUGACAUGUGGUUGUUUUAUUAAAGCCAAAAAUAUGUUUUGAUCAACUUUACGGCUUGCUUAGUCUGACAACUGGGCUUUCUUAGGUGAGUGAAGGACCAGGAUGCACAGGUUUUAUUGUUUUGCUUUAGAUGAAACACUGGUGCCUGUUCUGCUUCGUCUCCCCCUGCUGGUGGGAGGACAAAAAACACAAAACAAUUAUUUAAAAAAAAUAACUACCAGCCCUAUCCUUCAUCAAAGACAAUCCCUAGACUACCCAGCUCCCUAUAGAAAUGAAUGAACUUAAUCAUGCUGCUUCUGACUAAUAACCAAUGCAUUUUUAGCAUGUGCGCAUUUUAUAUAACUUCAUAUAUGUAUAUGUUGUCUUGCACCACAGUACAUGGACAUCUAUGUGUGUCUCUGUAUGAUCCCAUUUAACCAUUCACGUUAAUUGAGCGAAGCUCCGUCAAUAAGCACUUCCCAACACUGCUUUUCUGACCCCUUUUAACUAAAGGUGGCUCCUAUAUAAUAAAGUAAUUGCCUGCAGGUAAUUGUGGGAAAGAGAGGGUGAAAUACAUUUAACACCUACAGAAAAAUAAGAACAAUAUCUUUAAAUGUGACUAUAAUACAAUUGAACCACUCUGCUAGAAAACCUUAAGAACAUGGCACUUUUGUUCAUUAGCAUAAUGAAUCACUUCCGUAUGUCCGCGCUUAUAUGCAGACUCUUACUGGCUACCUUUCCAAACACAAACUUGCUCCUAAAACACUUUACACAUAGAUGUAUUUGUGCUAAAAAAAAGUGUCCAUUGAUACUGCCUCAGUAAUGCAGGCAGCACAGCAUUGAGACAGAUCACUGAAAGAAUGUAAAGACUGUCAGGGAAUAGAUGUUAAAUAUUGUCCAAAAAAAUAUUAUAUUUUAAUUAAUUCUAAAAGUAAUAUUCAAUAUAUAAAUAUAUUAUUAUCAAAUGAAUGUGUGAAUAUCCCAAAAGGCCAGUGGUUCAUUCUUCUUCGUCGUUUUAUUAUAUGUGAUUCAAAAACCCACCAAGACUUUAAGUGUGUUGCUCAGUUCAUUGGUUACUCGUGACUGCAUCCAGGAAUGUUAAGCAUUGAAGACUAUAUUCAUUUUUUGCUUUUAAUUAAGUCUGGUGUCUUAGCACAUGCAUUGGUAAGAACAGAUGAGGAAGUGGCAAAUAGUUAAAGAAUGUUCUAAUAUGUUUACAUUUAAUGGUAGAAUAUUUAGAAGUCAUCACAAUUUGUUUAACCCUUAGAUGCAUAAGUGGGUCUUUUUGGACCCGGUGAGGUGGUUUUCUUCGAGUAUCUUUGUAAUUACAUUUUCUUAUCAUUUCAUAUUCCAGCUAUUCCUCAAAAAACAUGUUUUGGAUAUCAUGCCACUCAAAUUUUAAAUUUACAUUUUAUACAUUUUAAGAAAUUGUAGUUUUUGUAUUACUACCCCAAGCUUCCAUAAGUGGGUCAAAAAUGAAAUAUUUAAAUAGUGAAAAAUUAAAUAUAAAAUAUUUCUAGUGUGAACCAAAAUAUAAUACUUAAUAUUAUACAAGUGAUUUUUCUUAACCAAAAUGACAAAAAUGGCAUAAAAACACACAAUACGGGUCCUUUUUGACCCACUUAUGGAAGAGUGUAGGGUCCAGUCACUCGUGCAUCUAAGGGUUAAGAGAAGAGAUAUGGAUAAAGUUCACAAAGCCUUCAUUAAAUCACUUCUUCUUCAUCUCGUGAUAAACAAACAUGAAUCAAUUUAGUGCUAAGAGGCCGACUGGGAACUAGAAGCUUCUCUCUAUGCGACUCAGUGCGAGAAGUCACCUCUUUGAAUAGCUAUAACAGUGGAAAACUACACAAAAACAUACAAACGCACAUACCUAGUCACACUUCUUUGAGUGUCGUGAACUGGCCUUGUGUUCAAACAAUACAGCACUUUAACACAAUCCAGAGUGGGUGCACAACACAGGAAGUGACUUCUGAAUGGUCGUUCUUUUAUCAUUUUUUACAAAAGUAAACUCAAUCCAAGGUUUUCUCGUACCUCACCACAGCAUUGUCUGACUACAUGUUGGAUCAGUUUUACUGGAACAUGUUAUUUAUUUUUUCUAAUCGCCUGAUGCGCUCUAAAACUGGAGUGCAUCUCCCUUCUUGCUUUCAAUGGAAGCAAUAAGACAGACAACAGAUUAUGCAAUAACCUGUUAUAGGGCACUUUAUAGACGUGUGGCUUUGAUUGAAACUUUUUCUGUCCAUGACACUUUCAUUAUACCAAUGUAUGUAUCUACACUGUGCUAAUGUAUUUCAGUUGGACUAAUGCAUGGACAUUAGAUUCAAACUGUGCAUUAGACAGAUGUUUCUGCUUUGGAAAACUGUACUAGCUACUAACAUGUGACUGUUCAGUGUUAGAAGUGAUACAGCGUCCUUGAUGUGAUAUAAAACUGUGAAUGUUAUAAGAAAGCACUACACAUACGGACACACACACACACACACACACACACACACACACACACACACACACACACUUGCAUCCUUGUCUAAAAAAGUCUUGUGCAUAUGUCUCUACGAAAAGGAUACACAUGUACCUUCAAAGUCUUCCUGUAGGGAAAAGCAAUAUUGUGGUGUUGGGCUGUCUGUUAGUGUUAAUUUCUUAACUCAUGCUUUGACAUAGCAUAACAAACAGGUGGAUGUGUGUAGGGAAUGUGAUGCAUAACUUGUAUAUGUGUGGAUACAACAUCCAUUGUGUGAUCCCUGUUUUUCUGUGACUUGAUUUUUUUAAAGUUUUCUAGAGUGAAGCCCAUUAAUAGAGAUUUUUUCUGACUUUAUGUGCAAGUAAGAAUGUAUUUUUUUUAAGUAAAACUACUCAAAAAGUGUAAAACCAUGUCAAAAUAGUCCCAGAAAACCAAAUUCAGGUAUAUGGGAUGUAGUACCCUGUGGAAAUGUACUCAAACGACCAAAAGCAAAGGCUGAUUUUUAAUAUUUUUCUCAUAUAAGCCCAUUUGUACACCUGCCUGUCUUUAAUAUCUGAACCUUACAUGAGUCUUGAGGUCUGUUUACUGCUUAUAUAGUGAUUGCUGCAGUACUGAGUCUGCCCUGUACAGUGUUGGAUGCUUCUCUGCAGUGGUGCAAUACACACCGAAAAUACACAAUGACUGCCACCCAGUGGUAAACGCCUGCCACAUAUAGUAAAAGCUAAUGAAACAUAAUGCAUUCUAUGAUUUCAGAUUGAAAUGACUGCAAAAUGGAAAAAAAACACUGCGUCAAUAAGGCUAAGAUUUCCUUUUAUGUAAGUGACUACACUUUUCACAGUGGAGGAAACAUAAACCUCAUUUUAAAUGCUUUUUAGAUAAUGCUUUUAGUUGGAUUAUUUACAAGUAUACAUCAUUCUAAUCCCUGUGCCCAUUGGGCGUUUAAGAAAAAUGGGGGACGAGUGUGUGUAUUAAAUCUGCUAGGAAAAGGAAACAUGCAACUAUUUGUUCAAACGUGAAUCCUUUAUGAAAUUGCUCCCCUUGUGAGCAUUGAAAAGUUACCUUUAGUCUCAGUGUUAAAGUCACAUGUCUAACUAAAGGAACAGACUGACCACUAUGAUUCCUUAAAGCUAGUAUUGCUCUUACUGCCAGAGCGGCUGAAACUCAUACUGCCAAUCCAAGAGUCUCACGUCUGCUGUACACUAUAUAUUACAAUGACUCUCAACGUCCCUUAGUACACUUACACUUUACUGAAACAUGUUGCAUUGCCGUCUACCGCUGUAUUAAAAGUACUAGAUGAUAUUGCUCUGUAAUACUUCUGUAUCUGUAGCAGCUGGAACUCACACUGCCAAGCCAAGAGUCUGACGUCUGCUUCCCACAUUCCACACAGAGAAAAGAGAUCGAAAAACGGAUUUAAUGCCGGCGAAAAAUGUAACUUGACUACUAUCCUGAUCCAAUGGGAUGAUCAAGGAAAUAGGAGCAACAUGUUACUUAUUUUGGCAAUUGUUUUCCUAUUCAGAAUCAAAGGAUUAUAGUUAGGAACGCCAAACAAUGAUGCAUUUUCUGACUUGUUGCGUGUCAAAACUGAUUAUUUCAUAGACUAAGGCUAGCUAGCUCAACAUUUGAAAUAAAAGCACAGGCUUAAACCGAACUCUUCACAUUUUCCCUCUGCCGUUCUGACUAUUUCAACGAUAUUUUGUACACAUAGCGGCUGUCAUUAAAUUAAAAACUCACUAAUAGUACAGUAUAGAAAUUAUAGUGUUUUAUAGAAGUCAACGUCUUGCAGUAAGUGACUUGAUCUUGCAUACAUCAGCACAGUCUAUUCAACAAGUACACAACACAUCCCCAGGUUUCCCCUGAUGUCCAGCUGUAUGUCUGUGUUUGUGCUCAUGUUGCUCAUGCUCCCUUCAUGACUAUGCACCCCUAACUUUUGACUUGUUAAAAAAAUACAUACUGGAAAUAAAAUGUUGUUUGAAA